CGCCGCCAUGGUCUCCUGGAUCAUCUCCCGCCUCGUGGUGCUGAUCUUCGGCACCCUCUACCCCGCGUACUCCUCCUACAAGGCCGUGAAGACGAAAAACGUCAAGGAAUAUGAGAUGCUGAGUGAGGAAGGGAAAGCAGGAGAAACACUUGCAGUCUGGAAGCAUCUGAAAGUCCAGGACAAGUUCUUUCCUCUAACUUAAUCCUUACUCUAGUAAAGAAGGGCGGCAGAAGACAAGAGGGCAAGAAACCUAUGUCCAGUAGCAAAGGUGAAGUGGAUGAUGUACUGGAUUGUGUUUGCCUUUUUCACCACUGCAGAAACACUCACAGACAUUGUUCUUUCCUGGUUUCCCUUUUAUUUCGAGCUGAAAAUCGCAUUUGUGAUUUGGCUGCUCUCCCCUUACACCAAGGGCUCCAGUGUCCUCUACAGGAAGUUUGUGCACCCAACGCUCUCCAAUAAGGAGAAGGAAAUUGAUGAAUACCUUACUCAGGCUCGUGACAAGAGCUAUGAAACCAUGAUGCGAGUUGGCAAGAGAGGGUUAAACCUUGCUGCUAAUGCAGCAGUUACUGCAGCUGCAAAGGGCCAGGGAGUUUUGUCUGAAAAGCUGCGAAGUUUCAGCAUGCAGGAUCUCACUCUGAUCCGGGAUGAAGAUACUGUGCAUAUGCGAAGCCAUGAGCCACAGCUGCACCCCUCUGGUGGGAGUCUUCUUGAAACCAUUGAGGAUUCAGCUUCCUGUUACUCUUCAGGAGAGGAGAGCAGUGUGGCACAGAGGUCUAAUGGAACCCCAUCAGAGACUAGAACAGACCCAUCAGAUGAAGAUGGAGGAGACAAACUUCCGAAACGUACCCAGAGUCUCAAAACUCCUAAGAAGAUGCUGAAAACUGAGCUUCCAGUAAGAAGUGUGAAAGCCCGCCCUAAGAAGAAAGCUGCAGGCUCUCUUGCUUCUGGCGAGUCAUCCUAAGGAGACCUUCCCCUCCCCAGCACCUGUCUCUGUCCUGGGAUUUGCCUAUCACUUUUGAGGGGAAACUCCCCAAAGGAAGAGAGCUGAGAUUCAUGUACAUAACAGAUACUGCUUUGUAGAGCUCAUUCCAAAACAAGGGGGAGGCUGGGAUUCAGAAAAUGGAGUAGAGGAUACACAUCCUCAGGAAUCUUCUCCUUUUCAUCUCUCUGGAGGGAACGCUGAUAUGUCUGUACAUAGCCUGUUGCUUUGGAAUUCCCACUAUAUAACCCUAGUUGGGGAGAAUCUUUGCUGGAAGAACUGACUAGGGUUAGAGACAUCCAUUGCACAGAAGCUGGAAAACUAUUAGACACUGGAGUUCCACGGGGGUGGGUGGCUCCCUAAAAUGUAUUAUCUUGCUCUGGGUAUUCUUCUGCAGCUGUGUGUUGUUAAGAAUUGCCCACCAUGAUUCAUCCUCCUUAGGAAUGGACUGUACCUGUCAUGUCCAUCCCCUUUGAGAAGGUAACUGAAAUGAUGUAUGAUGAGUGCUUUUGAACAUAAAGGACUAGCUCAUGGGAGGAGUAUGCUAGAUUCCCAUUACUAGUACUGGAUGUUGAAGAGAUUGGGUUUUAUUUAUUUUUUUCCGGAAGGUGAAGGAAGGUAAUUGAAAAACUGAGUGUGAUGGAGUAGGCACAGGUAUCUGUAAGAGUUAACGAUUGAAAAGGGAAGUUGAACAUCCGUAAGAUUUUGGCUCUCUUUGAAGCUGCUUGAAUUUUCUGUCAGGUUCUCUUGUUCACUUUGAUUCCUGUGAGAGCAUCAGAGUGAGGUGAGUCCCAUGCAGUGGGAAAAGUUGGCAGGGAGGCUGUUGCUUUGCCAUUUAGUGGUUGAACUCCAUGUCAUCCUGAUGCUUGUUACUAUAGACAAAUUCUUUCAUUCUAGCAGAUGACUGGGGAAAAUCUGGCUCAGUAUAGUCUGCAGGCAUGCUUGAGAAUUUCAAAAGUCCUUAUCUCAGCUCUAGGAGGUCCAGUCCUCAGGGCAUGAGAACUGAUAAAUAGCUGAUAUAUGAAUUUCACUAAUUCCAAGAUUCCAUUUAUGGGUGAUAAAAAGCAGGGAGUAGGGCACAAUACUGUGAUUAAUCAGUCCUCUAUCUUACUGCAGCCCUUGCACAGAUUUUCUGUCUAACCAUGCUCCGUGUUCAUUAGUGUUCUGAGACUUGAGCAAUAUGUAACACUUGAGACAGAACCAUAUUAAAUGUAGACUAUAUAUUGUGGGAGUGAAAUUGCAGUACUGCAGAAAAAAUUUGCAUCAUGCCAAGCCAUACCGGAUUCUAAUCUGUUGAACAUGGUUAAGGGGAGAUCCCCUGUACACAUCAACAGAGUCAGUGGGAAUUUAUGAGAUGAGUAGGGUUCCUGUUAUUGAAACCUAUAAUGGGGGAGCACCAUUAUAGACAUGGUUGUCUGAAUGAAUACUGGAUGGUCUUAAUCUUUAUUGAAACUAGUUAGCAAAGGGACCUCGCUCCUCUUUCCCUACUGAAGACCAUUCUUGGCUCUAGGUACAGAAAUUUGUGUUUGCCCAGUAUUUUGCUGUGGACAGUGCAUAGGAGCACUUCUGCAAGUAAUGUUCCACAAGUACUUCUGUCCUAAAGAAUAACCCUUCAAAAGUUUGUAAAGUUGAAGGUUAGGACUGAAUUUUUUCUUGUUUCCCAUUGUCUUGGUGGCAAAUUGUUAUGAAUUGACUGGUUAUUUUAGGAAACCACUUAGCAAACACUGCAUAUGUGUCUCAUGAAGCACGAUCUCCUGAAGCAGGAAUUCUUUGUGUUUCCAAAGGAAAUUCCUCUCUUCUGUAUGAGGGAUAAAAAUCUUUACUGAUUAUGUGAAAGAUUCAGUUGUGAGGAAUUGCUGUCCUAGAUUUUACUGUACAGAACAACAUGGAACCAUUAUUCUCUACAUACCAAGUAUCUCUAUGACCACAUUUCUUGAAAAUCGUUUUUCUUUAACUAAAAAAUUCCAUAGCAAAUUAUUUAUGUAAAUCAUUGUGAGGGCCUUGAUUUGGAAGCCAAGGAUUAGUUAGUCUCCUCUUAGGCUGACCUUCGUGCCCUUUCCUUGCACAUGCAUUGUGAUAGUCUCGGAUUACUCAGUUUUCACACAGCGACUUUACAGGAUGUUUUCUAGAAUCAGUUCAUUUGUAGUAACUCUUCUUGCUUUGAAUCAUGGGAAGAAUUUCUGAAGACUCAGUUUUGGCAUAUGGAUUUACCUUUGUCUUCCUGAGAUAGGUCCUGUGCUGAAUAUCUUUCACUUAGUGUUGAUGCUUGAUGUCAUUGGUCUGUAAGUACAGGUCAGUCUUACUCUGACUUUUGUUGUGCAGGGGAAUUAAAUGACUUGUGAUUGUGAGGGAGAGUCUGGAGUAGAGUCAGGGACUUUUAUCUAGUGUACGAUACGAAGCUGAUGAUGUCUAGCAGCAGAACUUACCCAGAGCAAGAACAAUGUCUUAGUGUAGACACUAUUUUCUUCUUCCAGUACAAAUAUGACUGCUAGAUUGUGCUCUGCUUGAUCAAAACCUCUGCAGAUCUGCCACCACCCACGUGACCUCUUAGUGAGUUUCUAGAUGUAGUUCUGCAUUGGAUGGCAUGGUCUUGCAUAGAAAUUCUCUUGUUAAUGAGAACGCUGAAUGUGCUGUUUUGAUAAAAUGCUUUUAUCAGCUGUUGUUCAGUGUUUUCAGCAGGAAAUGCUGGAAUGUAGUUUCUCUUCAGUAUCAUCUGUGGGCUUCAUUGUACAAUUAAGCAAAUGGUUAAAUCUUCACCUAGCAGUAGAACCCAUUGUGUUCAGUAAGUGUUUAUACCCCUUCCCUAAUACAUCUGGGCACAAAGAGAAGCACAGUAAGAGAAGGUGAUACCUGAAGUUGCGUAGGAUGGGGCAUAGGGGGUGGUAUGGGUGUGUCAAACUGUGUGCCUAAAAAGUAUCCUGAAAUACCUGUAGCAUGAGAUACAAAGUGAAGCCAUGACUGCCUUUUGGAAAGAAAUGUUGCACCUCCACGCUGUACGAGCAAUUAUGAGCCGGUGUUCUGCUUUUUUAAAAGGAAAUAGUGAAAUGUGGUUUCCCUUCUGAGAAACUUAAUGAUUUGCUGCAUAAAAGGGAAAACUGUUUUCUUGCUUGGCAGUAUCCUCCAUGAUGGGUAAGAAAUAGGAAAAUAUAGGGGAAACUGCUAUCAGGUUUUAAAACUUACACUUCAGCUAAACAUCUUAAUUUCUUACUGUUCUUUAUCAAGUUUCUGGUUCUCCAGCCUUAUGUUUCCAGUCUGGCGGACUGAUUUCUUUUAAACUAGAUUUUAACUUCCUUGGUAGGUAGAGGGUGUAUUGGAGAGAGGGAUGCUGGUGUUCUUAAAAUGCAAAGCUUGUGCUGGGGAAGCUACACCUUCCCACAUUUUAGUGAAUUGAGUUCCACUUAUUGUCCUUUUGCAGUGCUGGGCUUUCUUUUUCAUAUAUCCCUCUUGAAAGUAUGACUCUCCCACAAUAUACGGCCAAGUCAUUUCUGCCUUGAAAAGCAAGAUUUCUAGAGAACCCCAACUUUCCAGAAAUUGUUAUUUAUUCUUUGCCAUCUUAAUCAGCAGAAAAUAUAGUGCCUUAGGAGGAGAAUGGGAUAACUAUGGAGUACUCUGCUGGUUCUUUGAUCUGCACAUAGCAUUGUGUCAAGGAGGCUUACAUGUUAACUGUGAAGUGUCAUUGUAUGCUUGAGAUCAUCUGUUGAAUUAAGCUGAGUUUUCCUAUCUGUCUUCCAAACUUGCAUAUAAUGCUGGAAAGUGUGACUUAUGCCUAAGAGAGAAAUCUAGGCAAAAAACCCCAACUCUUAUCCUUCUUUGUGAUAGGGACACUGUAUUGUGACAUUACUCUGCUACUUGCUAGGGAGAUGCUGAAUGACAUCUCUCUGGGUAACUGAUCAGUACUAUAGCUUUUCUUGCUUUACCUACUAAGAAUUUGUAAUGUGCCACCUGGCUGAAGCAUCCUGUGGUGCUGCUUUCUGGGUUGUCCUGUAAAGUCAGAUAUGUAGAAAACCAGGAAAGUAUUAUGAAGCUAAAUGAGCUCAGAGUCAUUGGAGUUGGAAGAUACCUCUGGAGGACAUCUGGUUCAACCUCUCUGCUCAAGCAGGGCCACCUAGAGACAGUUGCCCAGGAGUUCCUGUGUGCUAUUUGUGGUCUGGAGCCUACUGAAUUUAUUGUUCUAGGCUGGCAUGUGCAGAAAUGCAUAUGCUGUAUGGGGAUGUACUUUAGUGUUACUGAGGAGAAUGAACUUCUGGUCACCUUUCAUCUGGAAUUUGGCACUAUUACCAGACACUGUAAACAUAACUCAGUCUUAUGUUAUUUAUAGGUAUUAAGCCUGGAGGCUUCAGAAGAGAUCUUAAGAGGUGUGCAGAGUAACUUGUGAGGGCAAUUGGUUUGAACAGUAAAUGAAGGCAAUAAACCUGCAUAGCAGAUAAGAACCUGUCUUGUGAGAUGGAAUUAGAGUGGAAAAUGGGCUGUGUACACUACAGAGUUGUCCAGGAAAUACUGCUGACUUCAUGAUCCUCAAGCAAUACUUAUACUCUGCGCUCUACAGACUAGAGCCUGAUUUCUCUCUUACAGCACUUCUUUCUCUGUGUUCUACCUUUCUAUGCUGGGCUUGAACUACAUGCACUGAGAUUCCUGAAUCUUUCAUCACUUCAGAACAAUAAAAUUAGAAUUUUACCUCAACAGGCAGCUGAUCUGCAGGGAGGACCAGAUGAUUAUCAAGUAUCUUGCAUCACUUUGUAGUAGAUAUGUUAUGCUGGCAAAGCACCAGCAGGGAGCUCCGGAGGAUACAUUCAUCUGGGAAAUUACUGCUUCCCACAAAGCCUACGUUUUUGGAUGAACUGAAUGCUGGACCGUGCUAUGCUCAUAUACACAGCUAUCUGUAGAACUGCAAAAUUCAGUGUCAGAAAUGCCAGUGCUCUAUUUCUGAUGAGAACUGAAAUCAAAAUAAUAAGAAGUGAAAAGAAACUGGCAAAUUGUUUUGGGUAUUUUUCUCCAAUUUUGUAGGUUCAUUUAGGUCUUCUUUGUUGCUUCUUUGCAUAAAACCUUUCUGUAAACCCCUUGCAAGCAAACCGUUACUUCCUUGCUGUUUCUCAGCUGCUAUCCUUUAAUGAACUAAUUAUGUUUCUUACGUUUUCUCUUACUAAGCAAGGGACUACUUCCACUUUGCUGACCGUGGAGAUGUGAAAAAUAUUGUCUUUCAGAGCCGAAAUUUAGCCUUUUUCCACUAUUUAAUCCUAUGACCUAGAAUCAUACAGUGACUUGUACAACAAGGCCUAAGGCUGGAUUCCCAGGUGGAAUCUGGGCAUCUAUUGUCAAUAGCAUAGUUUGAUGUAUUUUCCUUUUUUUUGCAGUGGGUUCUGACUGAAAUAUGCUUACUGCAGACCCUUUGGACAAGAGCAUUUUGUCUGCAUUUAGCCAAAUAAUGUUAGAAGUGACAUUUGUAGGAAGGAUGCAAAAGUGAGUGAACUCUAAAGGAUCAAGAGUUCGAGUCUUCUGUAAUAUAUAACUGUCUGAGACUAUGUACAAGAUUUGUGGCAGCAGUAGAAAUGCAUUGUUAUACUGACUUAGCAGAGAUGGGGAAUUCAAUCAUGUUUUUUUGCAGCAGGCUGGGAAAGAGAGUCAGGCUGGAUGGUAAGCAUAUAAAAUUUUUAAAUACAAUGGAACUAAGUUUUUACUAUAAGUAAUACUUAGUAACUUACCUAAAAGAAAGCAAGUUGAGAAUUUUUGGUGACUUUAUAUAAUUAGCAGGUAAAUUGUCCUAAUUGUCAAACCUAGUAUUGAAUACAAACCUUUUGUAUUCAUUCUUCUGCCUUUUUGGGAAAUCACUGAGUUGAUGGACUCUUCAGUUUUGACUUGUCUGUUAGAUUAUUUCUCAAAGGUUGGGAAUAUCACAUAGAGAUAAAUGGAAUUUUUAUUUUGGCACAUGACCAUAAUUUCAUGCCUAAAUUCAGGCAUGCUGAGUUAUGUAUGAGACAGUGUUGGUUGAAUUAAAGCCCAGUAAGAAACUGGAGAAGCUGAGACAGAUCUAGCCAGGUAAAGAUGACUGAAGGAACUUCCCUGAAGUGCAGAAAUUAGAGACUGUAGCAGUGCUUGGUUUUGAUUCAACAUUUUCAUGACAAAGUUCCUGUUAGCACAGUGCUGAUCUACAGGUGGUAAAGCACAGGGGAUUGUGAAUUGCUUUUUGUCCACCAGAGGGUAUAAGCAUAACAUACAAACACUAAAAAUGAGAGAGCAGAGAUUUGUCUGAUAGCAGUUGAAUGAUGACAGGUUGAACGCCAGUAUUUCCUAUGGGUGAAAGUGAAGGUCCUGCUUAGGAAGGGAUGGGGGGGGA